UGAAGCCAGCUGUCAUGAAAUAAAGAAAAAGAGAGCAAACAACAAAAAACGUUUUCAUUUUGUGAAUAAUACAUAGAAAUUUCAACAAAAAUACGCAAUUUUUCAAUAAAUCUUAAUAAAAACUUAAUAAAAUUCAUAAAAAAACAUGACUACAGCUGCUAGACCCACAUUUGAUCCCGCCCGAGGAGGCAGUGGUAAAGGAGAGAAAGAUUUAAGUGCUUUAAGCAAACAAUAUUCCAGCAGAGAUUUGCCUGGUCACACAAGAUUGAAAUACAGAGAAACUGGUCAAGGCACCUCCGAUGAAUUGCGUGCCCGUGAUUUCCGCAAAGAAUUGGAAGAACGCGAACGUGAGGUCAGACCCAAUAAAAAUUUACCCUCCAUUGUGCGCAAAGCCAUAGAAGCCAAUAAUUCGUCAAGUACAACAGGAGGCUCUAGCAGUAAAAGAGCCAAGUUAGAUCAACCAGCUGCACCAGUCAAUUUAGAUGCUGAUGACCCUGUGGAUAAUGACUCCUCUGACAGCGAUUCCGACUCUGAAGAUGAAGAUGACACUGCUGCCCUAUUAGCGGAAUUGAAUAGAAUCAAACAGGAACGUUUGCAAGAGACACAACGUAAAGAGCAAGAAAAGAAACAAGAGGAAGAACGUAUACGCAUGGAAAACAUUUUAUCGGGUAAUCCCUUAAUUAACUAUGCUGCUGGCUCCGCGGCCACUGCAGCCAAUACAAAGACGGCUGAUCUAAAGGUUAAACGUCGUUGGGAUGAUGAUGUGGUAUUCAAGAAUUGUGCUCGCACCGAACCGGAGAAGAAAUCACAUUUUAUUAAUGAUUCUUUGCGUAGUGAAUUUCAUAAGAAAUUUAUGGAGAAAUAUAUUAAAUAGAGGAUUUCUAAAGACGGGACAAUAAGGAUGUUUUGUCUUCUUUUCUACUAAAACAGUUUAUGAUUUAAGUGAAGUACAAGUUAUCGUAAUAAAUUUUAAAGAUUAUUAUAUAAA